UUGAUCAUUUUUCGCGAUAAUUUUUUUUUCAACAAUUUUUUUCGUGAGAUUAAAAUUUACAACUAUGAAACUUUGGAUACAAAUAUUAGUGGCGACGAUAGCAAUAAUUAGCUGUUGCGUUGUUCUCGCAGCUCGUGUUGAUUCUAAACUGGAUUUCGGGGAAGUAGCGGCACGUGUUGAGGAACAAAAGGAAUCACGGGAAAGUGUUCCAACGCCAAAUGUGCGAAAUGUUCGCGUAACUGUCGAAACAAAGAACGAAAAGGGCAGUCCCGAAUCAAAAAGUAGCGAAAGCAGUGAAUCAAGUUCAAGCGGCGAUAGAACGAGCAGUGGAAGUAUUGGCGUUCGUACAGAUGUAACGUUCGAAAUUUCGAAUGAAACUAACGAAACGAGAUCGCAAGAGGAUAAUAACAAUAAGAAAAAGACAAAGAAGAAGAAAAAUGGAGAAGAUGAUGAUGACGACGACAUUCCCGUUAUAAAAGGCAGGACAACUCCGCCGAAAAAGAAGGUAGAUGUAACAACAUGGCGUCCCAAAGUGAGGCCAGUUUUCCCAAAAUCAGAGUCAGAUGAGACAAUUCGAAGUAGGGCAGGACCCCCGAACGUUCCAUGGACCAAGAAUUUUCCAGGAAAUGCUGUUUGGACCACGGAAAGGAAUUAUUUUGGGCUUUUUGAUAAUUACGAUAAUUUUCACCCAUCUCAACCUGUGGGCACGCCUUCGUUACAAUCUUCGCACCGUCCUCACCAACCACAAGUUCAAUUUCAUCCGUAUCCUACUUGGCAAAAUUGUAGAUGUGACCUUUUACGACCUGAAGUGAAUGCAUGGAGUCCUUCGGGCGAAUCACAAUCAGCAAAUCACAACAAUCACUAUCACUAUACCGUAGUUGAUGAUAAACUUGAGGAGCCAUUUAGCGUGAAAGAUCGCCCGCGCAAUAAAAAGCGCCGAGAAUCACGAGAAAGUUAAACUAUGUACUUUUAUUUACUUUUUAUAUAGAAAAACUGUUACAUAUUUCGUAGUAUUAAAAGUUAUGAUAAGCAAAAUUGGUUAAAGGAUGUG